AUGUCGACUACUGUCACUCACGUCUUCAUAACGGCUACCAAUCAGCUGGAGCCCGAUGACAAACAUGCCAGGAAGCGGAUACGAAAGCAGGCCAUGAGCAAGUCUGCCCAGGCCAGGCGGAAACGAGGCGGCUAUGGACAGCAUAAUCUAAUCCAGUACCCGGCUGAGUUUUCGCCUUGCAGUGAUGGCAGAUCCGAUCCCCAGGUUUCGGUCAAGGCUCUCAUCCCGGCUAGUCUCGCAUCCAGCUCAUACGAGAAGAUGAGGAUGCGGUACAAUUUCGAUCUUCUAGAUCUGUCUCAGUUGACAUCAUUCCACAUCAGCUAUGCAACAGCAAACAUCCUGGCUCACAAGCCCACCAUGUUGACUGAAGUGCUGGGCCACCGGGACUGGUCGUACCUCAACUACUUGCCGGGCCGGAUCGGGCAUAACGGCGCCUUGGACAAAGCUGCCGCAUGUGUAGCCGCUCGAGCUCAGCAGUGGCUCUCUUCACCUUCCGAGCCCGUGUCCAACAGCAUCUUGAAGCUGUAUUCCGGCGCGUUGGCGGCUCUACAGGCCGAGUUGCAGUGCCCCAAUGCGUGUCUUCGACCAGACGUGCUCUGUGCCACGCAGCUACUUGGAAUAUACGAACUGUUGAAAAUGUCAACUGAAGACGCUUGGCGGUAUCAUUCUACAGGGGCAACUGCCUUGAUCAAGCUUCGUGGCCCUGGGCGCUGCGAAACCGAUUUCGAGAAGGCAUUGGUGCUAUCCCACGUCGGACAAAUCUUCCACGAGGCGCUCAAUAUCAACCAGACAUGCUUCUUGAGCGAUGAUCCGUGGCAGGCUGCAUUGCGCUCAAUCCCCACAACCGACAAUCUAUUCUCCGAUAGGAGCGAGCCCAUUAUAUCGCUCUUGACUACGGUAUGCCGCGUGCCGGAGUAUUUCUAUAAGACGACGCAGAUCAUCUGCGUCACUCGCCACGACACGCCAGCCGACCUGGUUGAUGAUGCGAAGAACAACCUGCAGCUGCUUCGUCUCCAACUCUUGCAUUGGUACGAAACAUUCUUUGGGCCAACCGCGUCGGAUUAUCCCAAGGUGGCGAUAGUUAAAGACAGGAAGCAUGAAGCCCUUGGGUUCAGCUUUGCCGUGUCCAUCAUACUUAACCGUCUGCUCUUUUGCUUGGAUCCCGUGGCGGAUGCCCACUGUGAGGAGACUGCGCAGAACAGUGCUUUGAAAAUUCUAAUGAUUGCCAAGCAAGAGCUGUCUGCUGUUUCUCAAGCUGAGCUUUUCAUGGCAAUCAAGUUCAAGGUUGCCAAAGUUACCCUUGCUACAGCUGAUAGAUGGAGGGCUUGGCGUAUGAGUGUGUGUACUCAGUGUAGCCCUUUGGCGGAAUCACUGAUUAUGCCAAAGGAUAUGUUUGUUGAUUGGUGUCAAAGGAUGGGUUGGGAGACUCCUCGUCAGCCUUAG